AUGGCCAAGGACAACGAUCAAGGCCUGCAUCGCUUCGUGAUGCGACAGCAUGCUGGAGCUGGGUACGAUGGACAGAACGACAUGGGUGAUCUGUCUGAUCUCAAAAUCGGACCUAACGGCAAGAAAGGCUCAGCGUCGGCCAACAUGCAAACAACCAGAACCCAGGCUCGGCAUGCGGGCACCAGAUCUGCUGGUCAGAGAGACUCGCCGCCACAUGCACAGCAGAACGUGUUCGGUACUGAUGCGAGCGCCGCUGACAGGACGUCGAUUGCUGAAAGCGCGAGAGCCACGCAACAGCCCAAGACAAAGCAGCAGCUUGAGAAUUCGCAGCCCAAAUCGAGAAAUGUCCACGACCCAGCUGAGUACGAUGAUGGCGAGGGAGAAGAGAACUAUACUCACCAUCGAGAAUUCGUGAACCAGCCAGCCAACGGUCAACAACAGUCAAGACCUUCCUCCGGAGAUGCACGUCAUGAAGCAAUGCCUCAUAGCACCAUCAACAAGCGUCUGAGCGGCGACUCUUACCCAGAAACGACUUCUGGCAGUCCAUCAACCGUUGACCAGAAUGCCGUGCAAGACCGUCGCGGGCAAACCGCUCAAUAUGCUCAUCCGGCCAUGCGUUCUCGUGGACCGGGUGCUCGUGCUCUUCAAUCGGCUGGCGAGCACGUCCAGGUUCAGACUUCGACGCCACAGCUACCGCAGCAUGGUGCACUCGGAGUGCCGAACAUCUUCGGUCAGCCAGGACCCAAGAACAUGACUGCGCUUGUGGAAGACGUGGCUCAAAACUUCUCAUUCGGACCCCCUCCACAAGCUCAUCUGAACAUGGCAAGACCCGGCCAGCAGCCUGCGCAGGCUCGCACAUUGCAGCCCACCCAGCAGCUACAGCGUCACAAUCAGCAGGAGAAAGUUAUGUUGCAGCAAGAGCAGCAGCAGCAGCAGCAGGUUCGGCCAUCGACGCAGCAUGGCCACAGGUCAGUUCCAACAGAUCAGGCUCAUCACGGUUCGGAAGAGCCACCUCUCCAGCAGCCACGUGCUCCAGCAGUGAAUGAGCCGCCGCAGCAGCCCACGGGGGACGAACGUGGCGAGACGCGUUCGCCAUUCGAGCGCGGACAGGUACAGCUCCCCUCUAAGCAACGUGCACAUCGCGCAGAGACCCCACUCCAGCAGCGUCUAGAUCUACCAUCCGAAGCAGCCCAGGAGUACUCUGAUGGAGCAAAUCCUGGCUUCAACGGCUGGCCUUCCGCCAAUGGCCAUGAUGAGCAAUAUCCUCCAAUAGAGGAGAGUGCUCUCGAUUACGAAGACAAAGAGCUCUUCAGGAUGGACUACAGCAAUUUGAAGGCGCAGCCGUUCGAUGCUGAUCCCCACAUGGGACCUUUCGAGUUUCCUCCUAAUCAACAAGCAGGCACCUUUGACGAGAGGCUCAAAGCAGCCGCAGGUCUACCACCAGAUAGCCAAGCUGACUUUCUCGCUACUCUCGACCUCGACCAGUGGGAGCAAGCCGGAGACUGGUUUCUUGAUCGUUUCGGUGAGCUUGCAAGCCGCUUCAAGAACGCCCGUAAUGCAAAGCGCACCGCUGCUCGCGAGUUCGAAAACGAGAUCGAGCACCGCCACGAGAUGGUGGCCAAGAAGCAGAAGAUCACAGAGGCUGCUAUGAACGAGAUGAGGGAGAGUGGUGGAAAGGUGCUUCAAGGCACACCAAAGAAGACGAGGAAGGCCAAGUGA